AAAACGUCAGAGAGGCUCUUUAUACACAAGAAUCUUCUCUUGUCCCUGGGUCUUGGAAAUCUCGUAUUUGUUUUGGACAAAAGCUUGUUUGCUUCAAGACGGGAUCAUGUGGCUAUAUGUUCGGCUGUGACAGUCUGUCAGUUCUUUUUUCACACUGCGUUGUUCACGUGGAUGCUUGUAGAAGGAGUAAACCUGUACAUGAAGUUGGUUAAAGUCUUCUCAGUGGAAAGGCAGUACGUUGCAUACUUGGCAAUAGGAUGGGGAAUUCCGACUGUUAUAGUUGGAUUAAUAUCAGCUAUAAGACCAAGUACCUUUGAUAUGAGAGAGGCUCAGUAUGAGGACAUCACGUGUGGCUCAUUAAAACUUACCGCUGAGAUACAGCGAACCAGGUAUGACUCUUCUUUUCCGUCGGCUUUGAAAGUCCCUAGCCAGGUAAUAAUUUACGGAGCAGUCAUCUAGACU